ACGCAGACAAUGGAGCGCGCAUUACUUGUGCCCCAGCUGCCCCCGCACGACCCGAGGACCCCAGCGUUGUCGGUGGUGGACAUGCACACCGGCGGCGAGCCCCUGCGCAUCGUGCUAGCGGGGUGUCCGGAGGUGGUCGGCUCCACGUUGCUGGCCAAGCGGCGCUACAUGCGCCAGCACCUUGACCACGUGCGACGGCGGCUCAUGUUCGAGCCCCGAGGGCACCGGGAUAUGUACGGAGCGGUCCUGGUGCCUAGCGAGCUGCCGGACGCGCACCUAGGCGUCCUGUUCCUGCAUAACGAGGGCUACAGUUCCAUGUGCGGCCACGCCGUCCUGGCGCUGGGCCGUUUCGCGCUCGACUUCGGGCUGGUGCCUGCGCCCCCGCCUAACGCCCGCGAGGCCCGCGUCAACAUUCACUGCCCAUGCGGGCUAGUGGCCGCCUUCGUGGCGUGCGAGGGCGGCCGCAGCCGCGGCCCAGUGCGCUUCCACAGCGUCCCGGCCUUCGCGCUGGCCACAGACCUCACAGUCGAUGUUCCUGGCCAUGGAAAGGUGGUGGUAGACAUUGCAUAUGGUGGCACAUUUUAUGCAUUCGUCAGUGCUGAAAAGUUUGGACUUGUCAUUUGUUCUGCAAAGACCAGGGACCUCGUAGAUGCAGCAAGUGCAGUGACGGAAGCAGUGAAAGCUCAGUUUAAAAUUAAUCAUCCUGAUAGUGAAGAUCUUGCCUUUCUGUAUGGAACUAUAUUAACAGAUGGAAAAGACGCUUAUAGUGAGGAACCAACCGCCAACAUCUGUGUGUUUGCAGAUGCACAGGUUGACAGAAGUCCUACUGGCUCAGGAGUGACAGCCCGAAUUGCCUUACAGUAUCACAAAGGGCUUCUGGAACUGAACCAGACCAGAGCCUUUAAAAGCAGUGCAACUGGCUCAGUAUUCACUGGGAAGGCUGUGAGGGAAGCAAAAUGUGGUGAUUUUAAAGCUGUUAUAGUGGAAGUAUCAGGACAAGCCCAUUACACAGGUACAACAAGCUUUACAGUAGAAGACAAUGACCCACUGAAGGAUGGAUUUCUUCUCAAGUGACUUCUUCUAUGACUUUUAAGAGAUUUCUUUUUAAAACAAUUAUCUAUAAGUAGUUUUUCUCUAAAUCAUGUGAAAAACAAUAUGUGAU